AGUCCUUUGUUUGCACUCUCCUUCAUCAAAAUCUAAAAACGUGUGACCUGGCAGUGACAUUAGAUUGAACUGAAUUGCUGCAUUCAGUGCUUGUUGGUGAAACCUGAACACAGAACAGAAAGCCUGCGUGAUCAGAUUCCAGAGCAUCAUGUGGCCGUUCCUCCUAGUGUGUCAGCUCGUCCUUAUUCUCCAGUCAGAGGCUCAGAGUCCCUGCCUCACCCACCCAACAUUCAGAAACCCGGGUCACUCUGAUAUCACAGUUGUGUGUGGCACAAACAGGAUGGAUUUGCUGAUUUUGCUGUGCCCCAUGUACUUCUAUGGAUACAACGAAUCGACGGUGGCUCUCAAUGGUCAGUUCGGCAAACCUGAGUGCAGAGGAACCGCUGACUGGACGGUCGACCCACCUGUAGUGAAAUUCCAGUUCUACAUCACUGAACCGUACAUAUCUGUCUGCUCCAAUAAGCUGACGAUCACCCAAGAGAUUGGAUCGGGGCUGUUCUCAGACUUCUCUAGUGUUCAGUCUGUGAACAUCUCUGGAGCGGUCAAUACUCAGGACUUGAAUGCUGGAACCAUCACAUACAAGCAGGAGAUGAAAUACCUCUUUUCCUGUAGAUACCCACUGCAGUACUUGGUCAACAACACGGAGAUCAGUGUAUCUGGAGUGAGUUUGGCAAUUAAAGACAAUAAUGGUAGUUUCAUCAGCACUCUGAGAAUGGUUCUUUUUGAGGACUUUACAUAUACAACACGUCUCUUCAUGCCUCCAACGGGUCUCAUGCUGAAAACCAGGGUUUUUGUGGAAGUCCGAGCAACUAAUCUCACAGAGAGGUUCAAUGUUCUGUUGGAUCGAUGCUAUACAACCACAAGUCCUUACCCAGGAAACAACACAUCAUUUGACCUGUUUGUCGGAUGCAACCUUGAUCCACAAACCAUAAUGGGUGUGAAUGGAGAACAGCAGGUGGCACGCUUCUCGUUCGAGACUUUUCGCUUUGUGGAGCACAGAAACAGGACGGUGUCCACCUUUUAUCUGCACUGUGCCACUAGGCUCUGCGAGAGCUCUUUCUGUAGAUCCUUACGGCAGAAUUGCACAACUUCCGGAAGGAAGCGCAGGGCUGUCCAGUCAGCUCAGGGAACCUCAGUGAGUGAUGUUGCCACAGUGAGCUCUGGGCCAGUCAUCACCAAAGUGGACGAACCGUUUGCACCUGUUGCUACAGUGUAUAAGAAACUGAAGCAGGAUGAGGUGGUGGUGGGCGUCUCUGUGGCAGCAGGGGUAUUCGGAGGCCUGUGCUUCAUCAUGCUGGCGGCGCUCAUCUACAAGAUCCGCAAGGACAAGUUCACUGCAGACAAAUCAAGCUUCUUCCACUGACAGCUCUCAAACAUACCAUUCUUCACUGAGAUGGUUCUCUCAUCACCAUGAAAGUUGUUCUCAUAGACAGGGCUUCUGCAUCUAGACCUGUAGUUUGGUUGAGCCCAAGGUUUACAGGACAGCAAUGGGAUUAUGAGUGGAUGAUGCCAUAAAAUGUCACAAAACCAGUUAUAAAUAGGUCUGUGCCUUACAGUUAUACAGUCUACUGCAUGGAUUUGAUUCAACAUAAUUAUUUGCAUGCCAAUGUUCAUUAUGAUUUUAACUAUAUUCCAUUUAUAUAGCUGCAUUUUUGUUUUUUUGUAGCAGGGCACUCUUGUAAAAAAGCAUUUCGCUAUUGUAAUUUCACGAACAAUUAAAACACUAAGAAAUAUUAAUUUAUGUUUGUAAACUAGACUUCAUGUACUCAUUUUGGUGUUUGUCAUUAAAUUAUAUAUAUAUAUAUAUAUAUAUAUAUAAUUGAUUUUAUUUUUUAUUUUAUUUAAAAACACUAAAUUAAAUCCAGAAAUUAUAUUAAAUUCAGUAAAAUAAAGUAACUUUAUUCUAACCAAAAUGCGCAAAGAAAAAAAAAGCACUAAACAGAGACUAUUAAUGGUUUACAAACAAUCUUUUCCCAUUUCCACAUUUUUCUCUCCACACAGACUUGCACAUGAAAACAAGUAAAAGACAAAACCAGUAAAGAAAAAAAAAAACCUUUGUGUGAAAAUCUUUUGAUGUCAGUGCAGUGCAUGCUAAUCAUACUGAAGUCCAUAAAUACAGAUGUUUAACACAGAAGAUGCUCACAGAUACAAACAGCUGUUUCAGUAAUGGAAAAAGGUGAACCA